AUGCAUCCCUCAACCCUUCUCACUACCACUGCUCUUGCCGCCGCCGUAAUGGCCGCCCCAGUGCGUGACGCAUUGACACCCGAUGCUGUGGCUCUGGCGGAAAGUAAGAGACAGUUGCUUUAUCCGGUGGAGCUUUGUACAGAGAGUGGAUGCGGGGCCCCCCGUGUUGGUGCGUAUAAUGAGAAGAAGCACCAUGUUCAUGACGAUGAGCACCAUGAGGAGGAACAUCAUGAGGAGGAGAAGGAGCACCACGAGGCCGAAGAAGAGCAUGAGGAGCAUGGGGAGCAUGAGCAUCAUGAGGAGGAACACCACGAAGAGGAGCACCAUGAAGAUGAGGACACUAAGAAGCACCACCACGAGUCCAAAAAGCUCAUGCCAAGGCACGAUUUUUAUGGGCCAGAGCUCAAGAGCCUCGAGACGAGAAACGAUUACCACGGGUACGAGCUCAAGAAGCUUGAGACGAGGAGGCGAAAGGGCGUGGUUUGCACCAUCUUGUAG